GUUAUUUAACGUGUGAAUGUGAGGACCCACCUCAUUCAACUCGAAAUCAACAAGCAGUCACAUGUGAAUUCAAACGUGUAUAAAAUAUGUACUGAUCUGAUCUGUUAGCAAUAUUUCUGAACAUUUCACAAUACAUUCCCCUUUAUAGUACACCAAGAUGAAUUUGAAUCUUUUCUUAUGGACGAUGUUCCUUUUGACUGUCUAUCAUCAACUAUUAUCCGAAAGUGUAGCUUUCGGUCAAGCUGUUACAGAUGACGCAAACCUUCGAAACGGGACACAGAGAGCAACUCCCGACGACGAUGAUGAUGAUGAUGACAAUAAGGAAAAUGAAAACAAUGUUGAUACAACUGAAGAUGACGAUGAUGAUAACAGCAAUGCAGAUGACGAAAAUGAUGAUGACGACAGUGAUGAAAAUGAUAAUGACGACGAUGAUGAGGAUGACAGAGACGACAAUGUGAAGAACACAACCAACCCACCUCCUUCUGAAACCUCCAAAUAAUCAAGAUUGAUAUUAUCUGUUUGUUUCACUUCGUAUUGUCUAUUUGACUAUCUGGUGCAUUGGUAUGUGGACUUUAUGUAGUGAUAUUUCAACUUUAACAUUGUUAUUGGAUGUUCAAAACAAUAAAUAUUUGGUCAACU